AUGCUUAAAACGACACGACAAGAGCCUGUCGAGCUACCACCCACAAAAAAGCGAAAAAAACCUCAAAAAGCCACAUUGAUCAUAGAUGAAAAAGAAGAUGCUGCUGCUGGUACUGCUAUAGGAUUGAAUACUGGAUUGAAUACUGGAUCAAUGGUAAUUAAUGCACAAAAAGUUAUCAAUGUAUCGAUGAAUGGAAAAAUCAAAGGAUAUGUUAAGGGUGCAUUGCAAGUUCUUGCUCCUGAUUUCAUAGAUCAAGUGGAAUUGGAUAAAGGAAAGACAGUCACAAGAACAUGUUCAAUUGUCGAGAUCAUAAAACGAAUAAUGAGUUAUCGAGUACAUCAGUAUACUUUAAUUGGAUGUGAAAGAGAAGAGGGCUCUCAAGAUUUUCAACUGAUUCCUACAAUUACUGUUCAUUUGUCGAUUGAUGCAAUACAUGGAUUAGAUGAAGAGGCUGGAUAUCAGCCACCCAGAAUUAUUGAUGUUAAUGAAAUGAAAAUAUCAUUAUGA